CGAACCCUUCACAGUUCCUCACAGCCAUGCCGUCCAAACUCUCGACUUUCAUCCUGGGAGCUUUCGCCCUCCUCGUCGCACCGAGCUGUCAGCUGAAACUUCCCAUAUAUAUCAAGACAUGCAGGCAAAACGAUCCAAAGCUGAACGAGUGCGUUGUCAAGAAUGGAAGGCUUGCCAUACCAAAAUUCAUUAACGGAGAUUCAAAGUACAGAGUGCCCCGGUUAGACCCGUUGGAGAUAACCGAGUUGAAAGUCCAUCAAGGGUUCAAGCAGCUCGGACUUACGAUGGCACUUAAGGACUGCAAAGUCACAGGGCUGAAGCACGCCCAGUUUUUGGCUGCCAGGACGGAUCUAGCGAAUAAGCACAUCGAGUGGGAUUUCUUCCAUCCGCACAUAACUAUCAUCGGCAAAUACGAAAUGUCCGGACAGGUCCUCGUGUUACCAAUCAGAGGAAAAGGAUCAUCAAAUAUUACCCUAACCAACAUGAAAACCAUGUUCAAAUUCAACUUCGACUUGGUGAAAAAAGAAGACGGGAAGGAAUACAUGAAGGUCACCAAAACUAGCUUGGACACAGAUAUAGGAAAGGCUUAUUUCCGAUUCAACAACCUGUUCAACGGCGAUCGCCUACUGGGGGAGACGAUGAACAGGUUCCUCAAUGACAACUGGAGAGACGUCGUGAAGGAACUCGGGGCGCCGGUGGUCGACUCAAUCUCCCAAGUCUUCGAAAUCAUCCUUUCCAGAAUCACGGAACUAGUCCCUUUCAACGUCGUCUACCCGCCGGCUUAGAAAAUCCCUAGGCAGAGUACAAAAUAUAAAAAUCCGGCGAAAGCUCAAGUCAUCAGGCAAAUGAGCAGCGCCCCGACCAGCCAAAAGCGUAGGAAUUAACUCAAGUAAUUUUUGCAAGUCUUGGACUUAGUUAAAUAUAAAAGGAACUUUAUAACGUUCCAAAUUAGUAUUUAAACAAUGUAUUUAUUUAUAUUAUAUAUGUAUAUUACACAACUCGAGUGGAUUUUGUGUGUUUUAAGGUUAUGACGUUAUUAAUUUUUAUUUCGUUCUCAACGAUAAUUGUUAUCAGUGUCUUAAAAAAAAAGUUAUAGUUAUCAUAGUCAAUCGAAUCAUUGUAAAUGUAAUUUAAUAAUAAAUCUGUGCCAAAUUA